AUGGACGGAAGCGGAGGGGAUGAUAGUGGCUCCGCGGCGACGCCUGUGCAGCAGCGAGCACACGAGGCAUGGAGGAUUUACCAACAUUAUCUUGACAAGACUACGCCUCACGCAACGUAUAGGUGGAUCGGAACUCUUGUCGUCGCGCUUAUCUACUGCUUGAGGGUUUUCUAUCUUCAGGGUUUCUACAUCAUCGCCUACGGUCUUGGAAUCUACCUUCUGAAUCUGCUUAUCGGCUUCUUGUCCCCUCUCGUUGAUCCUGAGGCCACUGGGGUCUCGGAUGGGCCUACUCUUCCUACUAGAGGCUCUGAUGAGUUCAAGCCUUUUAUUCGCCGACUCCCCGAGUUCAAAUUCUGGUACUCGAUGACAAAGGCUUUUUGCAUCGCCUUUGUCAUGACAUUCUUUUCGGUGUUUGAUGUGCCUGUGUUCUGGCCGAUUCUGCUUUGCUAUUGGGUCGUUCUCUUUGUGCUCACCAUGAGACGACAGAUCUCCCACAUGAUCAAGUACAAGUACAUACCUUUCAGCUUGGGGAAACAGAAAUAUGGUGGACGGAGCACCGGAGGCUCACGUGCGGAAUGA